AUGCAAAAUAAUAUGGUUGUCAAAUAAAUCCAUGUGUUAAGAUUUACCUGACACAUGGAUAUGUUUUUUAAAAUGGAUAUUAUGUAACAAUUUGUGUUACCUACUAUUUUUAUAUAAAAAUAAAAAUAUGAAGCAAUGUCUUCGCGAUGAAGAUGAAAAAUGCGUAGAUUCGUAACGUUAAAUUGUUUAGUGGAUUGCAAUGAUACGGAACUGUUCACAAGUGAUGUUAUUCAAAACCUGAGGCAGGCUGUGCUUGCUCCAGUCGCAUACACACCAAAGAUUCAACAAGCUUUACAAAGAGUUAAUUUCAAAUAUCACAGAACUUGUAGUUUCUCAAACCUUAUAAAGGAGUGUAAUGCUGGCGAGGGCGAGACCCUGUUAAUGUUCUGGGGCUACGAGCGCUCUGAUAGUAAGGUCACGAUAAGCAUGUCCGCCUCGAGCUGUUCCUCGUUGCACCUGCCUACGAGUACGCCAAGCUGCCAGCGCGACAAGGAGUUGCGUUCUACUGCCCAGCAGACGGAUAUCAGCUGUCGGUACUCCCCCGGCAUCGCCUCACCAACCACUCCCAAUGAGACGGAGGAGCAGCGGCAGCUGCGCGCGCGCAUCGCAGACUCGCUGACGUUCUCGUCGCCCGCCUCGUCGCUGCUGCAGCCCGCCGGACGCUCCAUGUCCAUACUUAGCUCCGUGUGCGCAUUGCUGCUCAAUAAACAAGUGAGAGACCCUUUUGAAAAGGGUUCGCAGGUCGCGAAGGAAGUAUCCAGCUUCACGGGCAGCCUGCGCUCGGACAACAUCUGCCGCAUCUGCUUCGGCGGCGAGUCUGCGGAGCGGCUGGUGCGGCCGUGCUCGUGUCGCGGCACCAUCGCCGCCGUGCACCGCACCUGCCUCGAGCGCUGGCUGCUGCAGGCCGCCACCUCCUACUGCGAGCUCUGCCGACACCACUACGUCGUCACCCGCAGCCACAAAUGGUCGUGGAUGAGGUCGAUGGCGGAGUGGGCCAUGUCGGGUCGCGGGCGCGCGCUGGCGGCGGACGUGUGGCGCGCGCUGGCGCUGGGCACGGCCAGCGUGCUGGGCACGGCGCGCGCACUGCACGCGUGUGACGCCGUGCUGCAGGCGGGCGCGCGCCGCGGCGGCGGGGCCGCGCUCGCCGCCAACCUGUUCUCCUCGCUGCUCAUUGGAGUUAUCGGCGCACUGAACGGGCUGCUGACGACGUGGAUGCUAUUGAAGAUCCAGGAGCACCAGCUGUCGUGGCAGGCGUGGCGGGACAGCACGCUGCACGUGCACGUGACGCUGGCGGACGAGGAGAGCACGCUCACGCCGCACACGUCGGACGCCACCGUGGUGGGAGACGAGGACGGCAACGCCACCGCCGACCGCAGUACUAACGUAGCCGACCCCUUCAUGGUAGCCCUGCCCUACACGCUGCCCGACCCGUGAGAUACUUGCAAGUUCUUUAAACCUACAUUGAAAAUAUAAAUUCUAUACGAUACAAGUACUUUGGCACACUAUUCUGGUUGUCGAGCUCCGACUUCGCCGAUAACACAUAACUUGCUACAAAUAUGAUGUCAUUACCGUUCCUCUGCUUCUUCUUCACGACGAGCACCUGCUUCAUCAUCCUGACGGGUCUGAUAGUCACGCGCUACCGCAGAAACGCACGAGUCGACACCUUAUCGUAAUCAAUGAAUUUUCCUUGAGAGGCCAGCUUAUGACGGCCUGGAUCCGGCAACACUAUUUAUUCCUUUUCGAGCUUCGGUCGCUAUGAGACCGACUCGAAAUGAAAGUCAGUCGUUUAUUGACUUUAUUAAUUUUGUGUUUGUAAAGUUAAUUGCUGUAUUUAAACAAAAAUAAUGACAACUACUCGUGUAGUCAGCCAGUGGGACAUUAAAUGCUCUAAGUGCAAUACCCACGUUUCCUUAAUUGAUGAUUUAAAAGCUUUCAAUGUUAUCACCUGAUGGGACCGGCCGGGCGGCCCCGUCCCGCGCACACUGUGCACUGCGACUGUGAUGUGUUAAACUUGCCUGCACACUCGGAUCGACGUUUGACGCGAACCAGCUGACGGUGACGUCAAUAAUGAUGUAAUUGAUCAAAACAACUCUGUAGGUAAUUAUAAUCAUGGCGUUGAAAGUGUGCUUUCUGAAAGCACCCCGUUCCGUGAAAAUAUUUGUCAAAUAAGAUCAUUUAUAACGUUGACAAAUUGAGAGAGAAUUAGUUACGACAUUUAAUAAAACUGUGUUCUUACUUCUCAAGUAGAAAUUUGCCAGUUUUUAGGGUUAAUUUGUUGAUUAUACUGAUCCAGAACAUUUUCCACGUAUGCUUGUGUUGAAGAGGUCUCACUGAAUGUUUUCCUCUAAGGUGGAGUUGCUGGUGGUGGCUUCAGUAACGCUAAUGUUUGUACACACAUUACUCACAAAUAAAUAUCUACUAAAUAAUA